AUUCACACUCCCGCUUUGAAUAUCACUCUGGUUUUCAAAUUUCCAAUUCCACUCAUCUUUGACCGGCGGCCAUGGAGGUUUCAGCUGCCAUUUUUGAGCUUGAAAACAAGGAGAACAUCCCGCCAAGAUCUGCAGAAAAAGUCAAUCCAGUGGCUUCAAAGAACAAAUCCUUGAAGAAGAAGAAGAGGAGAUCGAAUUUGACGAGAAAGCCUCUCCGAGACAUAACCCACCUAAUAGUCAACACUCCAAUUGCAAUAUCUCUCUGCAAUUUCCCUGAAGUAUUUUCAAAUCCCACGAAGCGCAAAGCGACCGAUGCGGAUGAAGCUAAGAUUCAUAUUCAUUCUUUUCGCAAGAAUCCCGCCAUGAUUCAUUUCAGAUAGAUAGUUAGGGGUGGCGGAGCCGAUUGACAGUUUGGAACUGUGCUUAGGGAAUUUAUACAGCAGAGUCAAAACUUAAAUUUUCACUUUAUUUUUUAUUACUUAUAAAUAUUUAUACAUAUAUAAAUACAUCACAAUUUAUUUCUUGCAGGGGUCUCAAACCCUGAUAGUUAGAACCCUGAACCAUCUCUUUCUGGAUGUCCA